AUGGAGGCGCUAUCACCCCGGUCGACGAACCAAAUCGUCAAGCCCAAGAUCUCAAUGGAGCGCAAAGUAUUGGAUAAGAAUGCUGCCGCUGCCGCCGCUGCCCAAAAAGCUUCGUCGUCAAAAAACCAUGCGCCGCCACCACCAUCGCUGAUUUUGGAGCCGGAAGAGGAUGGAGAGCGAUACUCGACGGGCGCUUUUCUUGGCAAGGGUGGCUUUGCGAUCUGCUACGAAGGGACACUAUUGCGAACCGGCCGUGUUUUCGCUAUGAAAGUGGUUCGAUCCGAAAUGGCACAGAAGAAGAUGCAGGAGAAGUUCCGCACCGAACUUCAGAUUCACUCGAAGAUGCGCCACCCACACAUCGUCGGCUUCCAUCGCGCCUUCGUCUUCGACAGCAGUAUAUACGUCAUUUUAGAACUAUGUCCGAAUGGGUCCGUCAUGGAUAUGGUCAGAAAGAGGAAGUGCCUAAGUGUGCCCGAGGUCAGACGGUUCAUGGUUCAACUGUGCGGUGCGAUCAAAUACCUACAUAAACGAAAUGUAGCGCAUCGCGAUCUGAAGAUGGGGAACUUGUUUCUGGAUCAAAACAUGGAUAUUAAAGUGGGCGACUUCGGUCUGGCAGCAAUGAUCAUGUCUGAGAAGGAUGAGAAGAGGAGGAGGACUUUGUGCGGGACGCCAAAUUACAUUGCUCCAGAAGUUCUCGACAAGAGUAAAGGCGGCCAUACACAGAAGGUCGACAUCUGGUCUUUGGGGGUCAUCUGUUUCGCGAUGCUCACCGGGUACCCGCCAUUCCAGUCAAAAACACAAGAGGAGAUUUAUAAAAAGGUGCGGAACUUGGCAUACGUAUGGCCGAAAGGCACCGAGUGCGCCAACUACAUCCCGGAAGAGGCGAAGUCGCUCGUGAGCUGGUGUCUCAACCUCGCUGAAGAAGAGCGCCCGGAGCCGGAUGACAUCGUCGAACAUCCAUUUUUCAGGAUGUAUGACGGCUGCAUACCCAGGCGACUUGACCCGUCCUGUAGCGUUAGUAGGCCUGUUUGGCUAAAGCCAGAUGAGCCCCGCGGCGAUCGAAUGAUGUUUGGGAGCAGCUUGGAAUACGACGAGAAGUUGUCUGGCUACAUCGAGCACAUCGAUGAUCCGAGUCAGCGAUAUCUGGUCUGCAGGGCGGCGUUCUACACACUCUGUGGCGUGGGCAGAAAACCAGACGGUACAGCACGGAAGGCCGCCGGAAAGAAUUGCUCGAAGUCGGCAUAUGCUGAAUGCUUAUCCGAGGAGGAGAAAGGAUUCCAGCCUGUCAUACCCCUCCCAGAGGAUAUUGUGUACAGGUACCCCCAUGACCCGAUAGGUGACUGGAGCGAUCCUGAUACUUCCUUGCUGUCGCGCAGAGAUGGCUCCUCCUUCGAAGACAGUGUCCUGUCAAGGAAAAGCAGCGCAUCUGCUCGGAGUAAUGUGGCGUCACUAACGCGAACUCAAGCGGCACUGGCUGCUGCUCAGCAGCGCCGAAAAGAAUCGCAGAGUCAUGCCGCGACUCUGCGGCAGCAGGCAGCUACAGGCAGAGGGUCUGUCCGGAAAAUUGCAGCUAUCUCCGAUCCCGUACCGACGGCAAAGGCUUUGUUCGAAGAAAAAGAGGCAGAAGCAAACCCUGCAGUUAUACCUUCAGGUGGUCUUGCGGAGCGGCCAAUCCGCGCACGGCGUGGUGUGGCAGCGUCGUACUCGGGUUCGUUGCGUGAUCUAGACAAGAACAUUGCGCCACAGAUACCCAAGUCUAGUACGGCACCGGAAUCUUUGGUCAUUGGAAAGACUCGCUCCCAAACCCGCUCCCAGACGCGCUCGCAGUCUCGCAGAUUGGAGUCAGGCAGCCAGGAAACUGGCCCUCUGCCGCCCCCUGCCAAAGAACGGCCUGCAUCCGUAGCAAUGGAUCAAUUGCCAGUCAGAUCACGCCAGCCUUCGCAACGGUCAAUGCCAAAGUCAGAGGCCAGAGAUGUGCUCAAGCAAGAGGAGCUGCCGAAAGGUGCCACGACAAAGGAGACUCUGACGGAGAAAUCUGUACGGCCUGACCCCUCUUCACAACCACUCAGUCGUGCUGGUAGUAAGACAGCCUCAUCUGCAAGCAAGCCACGCUCGACACUAGGCCUACACCCCUUGUUCCAUGUGGAAGAUCCAUGGGAAGCGCUACCAAGGACGUCCCUCGAUGACGUGAACAUGGAUCUGCGGCACAUGCUGGCCAACAUGGUACCACACUCCGCAGCCCGGAGACGGGCAGGGCUUCGACGACCACCUCAUGCAUAUGUGAUCAAAUGGGUGGACUACACAAACCGGUAUGGUAUCGGCUAUGUCUUGGAUGAUGGCAGCGUAGGAUGUGUCUUCAAGGCAGAGAAUGGACAGCCGGCAAGUGGCGUAGUAGUGCGGGAUGGCGAAAAACACAUCCGGCGCAAAGCCCGUAGCCAGGAGCAACAAGAGGGAGCGAUCUAUGGGUAUUCCGAGGCAGACCAGCUCAUUCCUCGCCAUGGUAAGCCGGUAGAAUUCUACGAAAAUUGUACCCGCGACUUCACCGAGUGCCGCGGCGGAAUUAGGCGAGCCUUGAUCUCACCGUCGUUGUUCGAAGUCAAGGCCUCCUCCAGCGGAUCUUCUGCGGCUGGUAUCAAGAUCCGCACGAACUCUGGUCUUGACUGUGCACGUGCGGACGCUGAAAAGAUCAAACGAGUGAAGCUUGUUGACCAGUUUGGUAAAUACAUGAUCGGUUCUUUAGGACGACACGGAGAUGAGGCAGCUCUUGAGGACGAGUUGGCUUCCGGUAGCUCGGGCCAAUUCAUCAAGUUCUACCAGCGACUGGGGAAUGUUGGCGUCUGGGGAUUUGGGGAUGGUGCCUUCCAAUUCAAUUUCCCUGAUCACACAAAGCUGGUGAUCGCUCCUGGACGCACAAGAAGCUCCUCUCCCUGGGUCGACUUCUACCACCUUUCACCCUCCGCAGCGAGAUAUCUCAGCACCAAGGGCAAGAUGCACCCAUCAGGAUUCGACACUCGGGCAGUAACAUCGGACGAAGUUGCAACCUUCCUCGGCAUUGCAUAUGGCACUGGUGCAAGUUCUGCAGAUGAACGGGUUCGGGAUAUCCUCGACGCCAAUUCCUUUCUACAGAAGAUCAAUUUCAUUAAGGAGGUGAUGAAAGGGUGGGUGAAGCAGGGGCGCCUUGGAGGACGACCCACGCAAGACAAGACGUCAGGCGCUGCAAGCCCUAUGGAAUUGUUCUGGGAGGGCUCCCAGGAGCGGGCAGCAGGAGGAAGCGGAAGCAAGUUCGUGUGGGUGACUGUUGGGGCACCCGGAGGAGAUGGAGAGUAUCGGUCCGUAUCAUUGAGAGAAAGAAGGUCAGAAGCUGAAGAGGACCGCGAGGCGGAUGUAUUGAGGGAGCGUCUCCGGAUGCUGGGCAGACCACUGUAG